CCACUGUUCACUCCCCACGGCACGACGCUACUUGCUGAUUUGAUUGAUUGAUGGGCAAGAGAAGCCAGGCUAGGCUUGCUCCUUCUCCUUUCCCGCUCGCUCGGCCCUGGUUUUUUUCUCCCCCCAUUCAAUUCUAACCCAACCUAUCCCGUCACGCCCUGUCCAAGUCGACGAGUCGUUCAUCAUCUUAAACCACCACCACCUUUUUCCCUUUCCCUUCUCUCCCUCUUACCUUUACGGUACCUCUUCCUAUUUCUUCCUCCGCCUCGAUUUUCCCGUCUGCCUUGCAGCGGCUUUCGUCUCGAUAAGCGUUCUUCCGGUCCGUCGUGUUCAACUCGUCUCUCGUCUCGUCACCGACUUCUUGCGAUUUUUUUUUAAUUCUUCGCACUUUUGCUCCGUCCCUCCGAGACCCUCGCGUGGUUUAUUCCCGAGAAUACGGCCCGUGGCGAGUAAACGUAAACCUUGCCUUGCGCUCACUUUCUCAACGAAGCGGCAAAAGGUCACCGACGAAGCUUAAUCAUAUUCUUAUCUCUCUUGGGUGAGUCGAGACCUCGACGCACAGGGUUACGGUCGAUUUGUCAACGUGUUGCGACGAGGGGCCCCGGAGCGUUAGGUGGUGGUUUUUGAUGGAUCCAUGUCUUAGCUGGCCGACGGUGCGCAUCUUGACGUCGGCCACGGCGGCAAAUUUCCUCAUCACCUUGCGUAUCGUCCUUGUUUCUGGCACCGCUCUUGCAUUGCGCUGCACAUCGCCGUCGCAUUCUGUCGUCAACAUCCCGCAACAACACCAAACUAACCAGACAUUCUACCAAUAGACCCUCAUCCGAGAUUUGAAAGAGCCCGAGCCGAAUCGUCCACGUCCCGGUUUUCCCCACUCAACCCCGAGAACAUUGCAACAUGUCCUACUACGACAACCCUCAGGCCCAGUGGUCGUCUUCUACUCCCAGCACCCAGCAGAACAACUGGGAGCACCAGGGUUCGACUACUCCGGUCCGCGCAGGCGCCAGCGGCCCCCAGCCCCAGGAUGACUACGCCUUCUCGUAUCAAUUCGAUGAGGUCGAUCGAGCAUACGAGAACUUGCAAAAGUCUGGCAAGGGCUAUGGAAUGGGUGGUCGCCACUCCCGUGGUUCCCAUCACACCCCCGGCCCCCGCCCGCACUCGGUAAACAACUUUGAUGACGCCCGUGGCCAGGGACCCAAUCUGCAAAACUUCUACGCAAACCAGCGUCAUCAACCUUCACGAGGCUCCAACGAGGCAGAGCAGGUCAUGCAGGCUAAGAGACGGAUGGCAGCUCAGCGGGAGCGAGAGCUUCGAAACCUGCACACAGAGCAGCAAUAUCAGCGAACCGUCCUUUCCGAGGUGCCUCUGCCGCCCAACAAGCACAUGUCCGAGGAGGAGACGCGAGAGUUGAUUGCCCGUCAACGAAGUGCCCUCUAUGGCGAGGGUCCUUUUGCAGACAAGGCAGGAUACGUGGAUGAGACUGGUAAUGUCCGCACUGGUGCCCCUGUCCCUAGCGGACCCUCUAGCAUCCGUGGACACUCCCCUCUUGCCUAUGACAGCGUAGGCCGUGCUCCCCCUACUGGCGAGGCUGGCACUCCCGUCUCUGGUGAUGCCCACGGUCCUCCCACCGAGCCCAACUCGCGACCUCACAGCAGAGUCAGCCCACAGGCUGCUGGACCCACAAACAAGGUCUUUGACAAUGCUGUGGGUAACCAGAGCCGUACAAGUACAUCCAGCCCAACUGGCGGCUCUCCCUCUCGGGAUAUGAAUGCUGGCUCCAAGCCCAACCAGGCUGGUGCCUCUGUGGCUCCCAUUGGAACUCGUCCUUCUGGUACACCCACAACUUCUGCUUCAUCGAAGCGAUCCACCACUCCUCUUGCCUCCCCCGGUGGCUGGGGACGUGGCAAUGGCGUUUGGGGUCAGUCGUCCGGUCUCGGUGCUCCUGCUAGUGUCUGGGGUUAGAGAGGUCCGCUCACCAAGGAUUAGGAGUCGCAACAAGGCGCAGGAUUUAAAGUUGCAUUUGGGACGGCGCAGAGGUAAACGUGCAUUGCGGUCGGUAUCUUUGGCGAGUACAGUCUUUGGUAACUCACAUCUCGAGUUGAAGAUGGUGCGAACAUUGCAGGGCAUUCGGAUCUGGCGAGAGCCAACUGAUACUCCAAGGUCACAGGUGUUGAAGGGACGGCAUCGACUAGGGAGUUGACAUUGUUUUUCUGUUUUAUUUCGGCAGGAGGUUACGAAUUGGUGAACUGGGAGUUGCAUUCGAACAUUACUGGGGCGUCGCGAUAUCGUCUCGUUUAUACUUUGAGGGCAGGAAAAACGGUGCCGGGUAUGAAGGAACGGGCAGGAUGGUUACAGUCUCGGACUCGGAAUCGAGAUGUUUCGGAGUCUUUGGCCUGGACGAAACUGUCGGUCUGGCUCACCGUGGGAGCGGCAACUAUAUACCCAACAGGGCGGUUCUUACGGCGUUCACUCUGUUUACGACGACCGAUCAGCCUGCGAAAUCGACUACGGCAUGUGUUAGCAUCAACUGCGUAGCGCGUUCGGAGUACCUUUCACGAUGGAGGCAUUUGAGUUGUCGGCGCGCAUACCAUGGUAAUGGAUUGGAAGGGAACCUACAAGGGCUUGUUUAUGCUCACGAAUCGGCGAGCGAAAAGGAAUGUGUUUUAUAUACGGCGAAAAGCACUAUAAAAAGACAAAAAAAAAGAGAAGACAAAAAUGGCAUCUCAAGGGGUUCAAGGUGGAUCAAGGUUAGGGUCAGUUAUCUUUCAUGUCUCUCGUUUGUACUGGUUUGGGGCGAGGUUUCGGUUUGGGACAGGUUAAUAGGAAACGGUUCUAUAAGGGUUGUUUUCGCAAGGGAAAGGAGAAAUUGUUUUCUGACUUUGAGAUUUUGCUUAGGCUGGGGUAGGCAGGGUUGAUAGUAAUUGCGAGAAGGAUCGGGGAUAAAGGUAAUACAAGUUUAUUACGGAGUUGAUCUGUUGGACGAGUAAAUGUGCCUUGUGAGACAUGCAUGCUGUGCGAGGUGGCGGUCGAGACACGAGAUGGGAGCAGGCCAGAAUCACUUUAAGUGCUGAUGCCAAACUGUGACAGCACUUUAUUGAGGUGAUAAAAAUAAACAAUCAGAUUAACUAGGAAACCCUAUCUUG